CUCCUCGCCAGCGCUCACUGGUGCUGAUGUUGAGGAGCAGAACGCAAGGGGGAGGGGUACUGGAGUGAUGGGGAGGGGGCUUCUAUAGCCGCACUGCCCCGUUUCAAGUUGAGCCUCUAUUGCUGCAUCGCGUUACCAACACACAAACACACUUACACAUCAACACACCAAUGGACACACACACACAAACACACACAAAAACACACACAAACAAAACUAUCUCGCUUUCAUCCGUUUUGGUUUCUUUUUGUUCGGUUGGUCAUCCUUCAGUUGAUCUUCGCGACUUGUGUGUGGUCUUAAGAAGGGAAAGUCCCCCUGAAGCUUUCACUUCACACACAGCAGGGGAAGGAGCGUGUGGUGAUAAUGCUACAAGACGGCGCCGGAGGCAGCAGGAGACAAGAGCUCGCUGAGUGAUCGCUUCCUCCAGCUGUGGAUGGAGAGAAGAGGACCCUCCAGCCCAACAACACGGAUCAGGAGUGGAGGAACUCCACCUUUUCGGGGGUAACAAGGGGAGCAUAAUUGACAAUUUCAAGUGGACAUAAUCAAGUCGAAUUUUCCCUUGCAUUCAUCUCGUUCAGGAUCAUUCCCAGGUAGGGCUACUUUCAGAUCGUGUUCGGUGUAGUUCGCCACGGAGGUUCAGGUUUAUUGGAACGCGGCCCGGGGUUAUGGAAUAAUAAUAAGGCGUAAGUACUCAGCAUAUAUCUACUAUUAAGCAUCACCAACUCUAGGAUACUUCCCCCGUUUUUUCGAACCAUAAGAUGGCCGUGAACACGGACACCGCCUUCCAGACGUCUAACUUAGGGGAGACCCGAGCGGCGCCGCCCCCCGACUUCCAGGAGACGGAGAAACUUCUAGCGGUGACCACGGAGCCUGGCGGGACCGGGAUGAAGACCUCCUCGUCCUUCAGCGUCAACGUGGACGGCGGUGGCGAGAAGCACCUGGAGGCGGAGCAGAACGGCCACGGCGCGUCCCUGCGGUCGGGCUCCGCGGGACACCUGGCGGUGGCUGCGCCCCAUUCCCCGUCCCAGGUCAGCCGGAGCCGCGCCUCGUCCGUCGGGAACGCGGCCGUGCUGCAGGAGAACCCCAAGCCCAAAGACUACCUCAUCCUGGUUAUCAUCUCCUGCCUGUGUCCCGUGUGGCCCGUCAGCAUCGUGGCCCUGGUCUACUCCAUCAUGUCCAGAAACAGUCUCCAGUCGGGGGAUGUGGACGGGGCUAAGCGUCUGGGCAAGCUGGCCCGCCUGCUCAGCAUCGUCUCCAUCAUCCUCGGGAUCGUGGUCAUCGCUGUCUACGUCUCUGUCACGGCUUUGAAAUAAUAAAGGUUGCAUAACGGAUGCAACCACAACAACAACAACAACAAGGACAACAGCAGCAGCAGCAACAACGAUAUCCAGCCGUUGUGAGCUUGUGAUGAACAUCAAGACCAUCCCCUAAAUGCAGAAUACUGUCAAAUGAAAAAAAAAAAAACGUAAAAAAAAAACAUGUUUGGUUGGCAAAUCAAUGAAGUUAACAAGGAAACCCCAGAAAUGCAUGCACUAGAAUCCAGUAAACAUUUGCUUGAUAUAGAAACAAAUAUUGAUAUUAAAUUGGCUCUGGAAAGGAAAGAGGACAUUGUAAACGUUUUGGAAUAGUCCCAUAUUUCUUCAUAUGAACUAAAAGGUCUCAGAAAAUGAAAAGGAAAAGAAGGCACAAAACUGAAGACAAAGGAGAAGCGGAGAAAAAUUAGAGCAAUUAAAAAAUGAACUCUGGGUUCAACGAGAAUCUUGAGAGCUACAUUCUAAACCCCCCAGCCACCCACCAUAUUCCCUGUUCAUUCAGCGCAUAUCCAAGCACAGCUACAGAAACAACUGAAAUAGGCAUAAUUGGAGUUAUGGAGAUGUACAUUUUCUAAAGUGUCUUUAUGCUGAGUUGCGCUAUAUCAGGAGGAGCCGCUCUGGAAUGACUAGGAUCUAUUUUUUGUUUUUUGUUAUUAGGGUAUGUUAAAAAAAAAAAGGAUUAUUUUUUUUGACCAACUGCAAGUCCGAUUGUACAUAAAAGAUAUUUGGAUUUUGUUAUUUAUGCUUUUCUGGGUUUUAUUCUCAAUUAACAGUUUGAAGUGGCUGUGUUGGAAGAUAGUAUCAUUCAUUUUUGUAGAGAAUCUGAGAGUUCUUGAAGUGCGAUGGAAAUCUAGAAGGGUGUACCUACUUGCAACCCUCAGCUACACACCAAUCCACCCAUCCCUCCCCCCCCCUCAGACCCCUCAGCCUUGCCUUGCUCUGGGAGGGGCUUGACUAUAAUGACUUGCAUGCCCCCGCCCCCCCCAAUCCUUACCUAAUCAUCCAUAUGUUACAACUCUUUCCCCUGUAGCCUCUCUCAUACAACAGGCUGCAGCGCUCACAAAACCCUGACAUCUGUCUGCUACGUGAACGGAUUAUGCUAACUGCAACGUCUUCCUGUCUAAACUCCCACCAGAGGCCACACCUUUGCACAUGGACUAUUAUCAAAGUGCAUCACUGAAUGUGUUUCCUGGAAGAACGUUGCAAUUCCCUGUUUGUGUAACACCACCCUCCCCCCCUCAGACAACAGCCCCCUUUUUAUGGGUAUGAGAUGUACUUAUACUGGAAAGAAUAUAUAUGCAAUAUGUAGGCAUGCCAUGGGCCAAACAAUACACUGUUAUUCAUUUGUACUACCACUCAUCCACCACAUUUAAAGACUGUUUGGUUUAAAGACCACCCUUUUGUGAUUCUUAGUAUAGUAUGCAGCAUAAAGGAGUUUUAUACAUUAUACAUUAUUAUGUUUUGUAUAAUUCACUCCACUUCUUGAUGGGUUUUAUUAAAUGCAUCUACUCACACAUUUUUUUCAAACCAUGUCAGUUAAAAUCCGAAUAUGGAUGAAUACUAUAAAAAAAUAUAUAUCAAUACUUACUGCACCAAGAAAACUUCUUGAUAAUGACACAUAUUUUGAUUUGAAUAAUUGUUUGGCUUAGCAGUUAAUAAAAUAAGGACCAUCUAUAUAACAUUAAAUUACUACAACCCGUAAAAUAUGUUAAAGGUAUUGGACAAAAUCUGCCUGUUUUGACAUCUCAAGUGGGUGUGUCCACUUAGAUGUGUGCUGGAUAGAUCUACCAGCCUACACAGUGGACUGCAGCAAACUUUGCUACUCUAUCCGUCAUACAUCUAGGUGGACACGCCCACUUGUGAUGUCAGAAGAGGCAGAUUUUCGAAAACGGCUAAUCACACAAUAACUCACACCUAGUGGUGUAAUAUGUCACCUUUAAUAAUUUGUUUUUCCUUGUGCAACAUGUCAGUUUGUUUAUGAAUGCUUGGUGGCCUUGGUCAAAGCAUGCAACCCGUGCACAGCCCAUCUCAAUCUGUUACCAAACAGACGAGAGUAGAAGCCGAAACUUACUGUCUACUACCGCACCUGACAAAAAACAGUACAAUUUAACAGAAAUACCGAUUGACAAUUUCAUAUUGAACUAGGACCAAAUAUUUUGGCAUAUUUUGUCAUCCGAAAACAACGCAAUAGGAUUUUAAGUGUCCCACCAAUGAAAAAUCUGUGAUUCUUAAUAAGACACACUUCUGUCAAUAAAGCGUUCAAACCCUAAA